AUGGCACCGCGAGGGCGUGGUUGCCGCAGCAGGCGAAGCGCAGGGAGGGACCCCGGGAAAGGUUCGGGCUCGGCCUCAGCUCCCGGCUCAGGCAGGGCCCCCAUUGCCCUCCCGCUCCCGCUCCCGCUCCAGUUUCCAUUCCCGGUGCCAGAAGCGAUGGCGGCCGUUCUGGGGCCCAACGCCCUGGCUCGACUCCGCUGGGGCUCAGCGUUUUGCUCCAUUGCAGCUGGCGGUUUGGGCGCCUUCGCGGCAGCCUUCGCCAAGCUGGCUCUGAAGCCCACCGUGUCCCAGGCACCGGAGGAGGAGGAAGAUGUAGAGGUGCAGGAACAACCUUACCCGCCAGCCAUGCAGGCUUGGCUGACCUUGAUGUUUCGACUGAUGGCCUUUUCUUUGAUGAUUGUUAGCAACUCGCUGAUGUGGGCCUUCUUUUCCAAAGCGCUCAGCAUUUCUUCUUCUUCUGCUACAGCAUCACUGACAAUGACUGCGUCUAACAUCAUUGCCUCGGCCUUCCUGGGUUACCUGUUGUAUGGAGAAUACUGUGCCGUGAUGUGGUGGGCUGGUGUCGUCCUGAUCCUCUAUGGACUCGCACUGAUGCACAUAAGCUCGACGGCCGAUGAGGAGCUCGAGGAAAAGAAGAAUCAGUAGGGACAGGCCUGAAGCUGAACCCGUUCCUCAUGCUCUUGUCAGCCCUUCAGAAUCCCAAGCCUCAAGAAGGCCACUGAGUUCUGGGGGAGCAGUUGUGUCCUGUUGUUGUUGUUGUUUUUUUUUAUUCCUAUCUAUGGAAGAAACCAAUGCUAGACACCAUCUGAUUGACUCAUGCUUUAAGGAUCUCUUCAGGCAGGGUGUGUUCAUGUCACUAGGCCUCUUUUCCCUGGGAGACCCAGUCUCUGGCGAGUGGAUUUUUGCUUCUGACUUAGUUGAGAAAUUCUGCUAGAUGUCUAGAAACCCCAAGGAGAAAGAAAGCAGUAUUCUUGCUGGAGUUGAUGUUCAAAUUUAUCUGUUCCUUGUGCGUAGGGAACAGAUCCCAAGAAAAGGCUUGGCCUCUGGUCAGCAUUUCUCCUUGGGAUGUCCUAGACAGAAUGGAGAAGGCUAGCCUUGGGGUUGAUCUUGGGCCUGAGUCUUUCUUGCUGUCUUUCUGUGGAGCCCCAGGAAAUCCAGUAGUAUGUUUAUCACAAACCAUAAAUCUCGAUUUAAUUUGGAUUUAUGGUGAGUUGGUAUUGAUAUGUGCCAAUAACAAUUCCUAAGUAUUCAGGAUAGAUAAGGCCCUAGGGCAGAAACAAUAACAACAAUGCCAUUCCCUGCCCUUAAAGGGUAAACAGUUUAUUUAUGAGGGAGACAAGGUCACAAAGAAGAAGAAUACAGGGUAGAAAGUGAUAAAGCCCAAAAAAAAAAAAAAAGGAUAAAAGCAAAGGAAAGGGCUAAGAUUAGGGCUUCUUGAUCUUUUGGGGGGACAUGGGCCCCUUUGGCAGGCUGGUGAAGCCUUUGGACCCCUUUUCAGAAUCUGGUUUUUUAAAUAAACAAAAUACAAAGGAUUAUAAAGAAACAAAAUUGAAAUACAGUUAUCAAAAAAUUUUAAAUAACUAUAUGGACAUCCAGUUUUAGAACCCCUCAUCUAAGACAAUGUACCAUAAGAAAUUUAAGGAAGGUGCCCAGGUUAAGAACUCCUGGUCUAAUAUGUGCCAUAAGAAAUUGAGGAGGGUGCUCCAGUUAAGAACCCGUUGUCCAAUAUGUGCCAUAAGAAAUAUGAGGAGAGAGAAGUCACUUUCAGAUGGGGAGAGAUCAGGGAAGGCUUUCCAGAAGAGGUGGUUGCUGAGUUGGGAUGUAAGGAGGAUCUUAGAAAGAAGAAAAGUAGAAGAAAUGAGUUGCAGGUAAGGAAGAGCCUUGACAGAUGGAAUGGGAGAAUGCAGAGCAGCUAGUUGUUUAGUUUGUGUAGAGGUAGAAUUCAUGGAAGAAGGUAGUCUGAAAUCAGGCUCAAAAGGUAGGGAAGAGCCAGACUGGAAAGGACCUUAAAAUGCCAGGGACACCCACUACGGUGUCUCCCAACCCUCAAGUAUGACUGUGUGCCAUGCACGGUGCUGGAUGCCAGUGAAACCAAGACAGAAAAUGAACCGUCCCUUCUUGUUAGAAGCUUGCAUUCUAAUAAGAGAGGCAAAUACAAAUGUGACUGCAGAGUGCAGAAAGCAUGUCAAUACAAAUCUAUAUAAAGCAGGUAGGGUUCUGCUCCCUACCUUCCCACCACUUCUAGGCUCUACAGCCUUCAAAGAUUAAUCAGAAUUUCCUCUUAAUUGUAUGUGAUAGUACUUGUGGUUCUGAGAGUGAUUUGAAUACCCCAAAAGUGUAUUAGGGAGGUUCUCCAGUCUGACUCCUGUCUUUCUCUGAAAGAGCAAAGUCACCCCAAAAAAGGAAAAGAAAAGCAGGCAGAUUCUGUUAAGAGAAGUAUGGAAUGUGAUUCAAUGGAUAGUCAAAGAAUAAUUGCAAUGUUAAGAAAACCUGAGUUCUUAAAAAAAACACACAACAAUACAAUUGAUAAACAUACAAUUGACACCAAUCUGGUACCUCCUCACCUAACUGGAGAGUCCCUAGCCAGGAUCCCCAUUUCCUGAAGAGCCCCAACCAUGCUUGUGCUUGCUUCAUUCCCAGCUCUCUCUCCCCACCGCUUUACCUGCUUAGCAGCCUCACCCCCAGCUUGAUUACCCAAAUCCCAUUCCCAAACCCCUUUUCCGGCUUCCCUUUAUGUGCUGUAUUCCUGCAGUAGGAUGUAAGCUCCUUGAGAGGAGGAACUGAUUUGUCUGCUUGUAUUUGUAUAGUAUAGUGUCUAGCA